AUGCUGUUCGUCAAUCGUUUAGGCCUACUGCGCAUUUUCCAUGAUGAGCAGUGUCACGUGGGACCUGAAAAGACAUACGAGUCUAUCGCUCAACAUUUUUGGUUUCCAAGGUUGAGAAACUUCAUCAAAUGCUACAUCAAGGACUGUGUAAUUUGUGCAGUAAGAAAAAGACAAGAACAGGUCCUCUACGGGGGUUCAUACGACCAGUGGACAUUUCAUACGCACAUGGACUGCUUGGGUCCCUUAACAGCUUCAAAUGGUGGUUAUAAGCACGUUUUGGUAAUGGUGGAUGCUUUUACGAAGUACUGCAUUUUGACGUCUAUGAAGUCUGUGACAACACUGCAGAGGCGCCUGAAAAGCUGCAUGAUGUUCUAG